GUCAGAGACAGAUACAGAGACUUUAACUGUAACACAAAGGCUAUUAUCCACAGGAUCUGACCACAGAUCAGACCCAGACAGACUAGGGCUGGGGAAACUGGGCUGUCCUCCUGCUCCUGGCGCAGAGUAUUUACCGGUAUUUCACCAGAGCCAGAGGAUGGUUUAUUCCCGUGGUGAUGGUGACGCGUUACUCUCUGGCGGUGAUAAUCCGUCUUGUUCUUACGCUACAGAGAUGGACCCUGGCAACAUAUCCUUGGGUUUAGAGACACAGACUGAUCUGUCUAGAGGGUACUGGAACCAGUACAGUAGUAGUGUAUACUCUGAAGGGUGCCUAGAUAAGAAAGGGGAGGUUACAGUGGUAGAUGAGGUGAAAGAGGAGGGCGACGCUCCUCUGACAUGGAAUGUAGAAGGACACUCACAAGGCAGAGAUUUCUUAGAUUACAGGGGAAUCUUAGAGACAAAUCAAAUUGUCGCCACCAACUCCCCUUUACACGCUUUCAGGGAUCGCGACCCAGUGUCCACAUCAUUGGCACCUUCCGAUUCACAUGGCUGUGUCCUUUUCAAUCAGGUAUUGAACUCAGAGGAUCAAAGGGCCAAGGCGUGGGGAGGGGGACCAACUUCAGGCAAUAGUAAAGAUAAACGGUUCCUCUGCAUGUUCUGUAACAAAGGCUUCAGCUGCCCCCAGAAGGUGGAGAUCCACCAGAGGGUCCACACAGGGGUGAAACCCUUCAGCUGCCCCCAGUGUGAGAAGAGGUUUUCCCAGUCUGGUGACCUGAAGAGACACCAGAGGGUCCACACAGGGGAGAAACCCUUUACAUGCCCCCAGUGUGAGAAGAGGUUCUCUCUGGCUGGCAACCUGAAGAUGCACCUGAAGGUCCACAAGGGAGAGAGACCGUUUGCUUGUACACACUGCGGGAAGAGGUUCUCAGAGAGGAGCUACCUCAGGCUACACCAGCAGAAAAAACAUUUUACUCUAUAACAUAG